ACGUAUGUGUUUAGUUUUCCGAUUGGUGUGCUCUUGCUCCAGCAUCUCUCCUACAACACGCUUCCCAUAUAUAGGGCAAGGUGUAGGCAUUUGGGGGCAUUGUCGGGUGCAGGCGUUAGCCAGGAAUUGGCAGGCUGCUCUGCGGCGCCCCGAUCAAUGAGCUCAUUGCUGUUUACGAUAUGCAUAUGUAUGUGUCUGGUCUGUAUGUCGAACUCGAGUGGCCCAGCCAAUGUGCCAUUCAGGUAUAGACAGCGUUUACAUAUUAUAUGUGUGUGUGUACAUAUAUAUAUAGAUAUAUGCUUGUACUUGUAUCGCAUCGGGCGCCAAUAAGCAGGGUAGAGGAAAAGUGUUUUUCCUUUUCGAUUCUGUUGUUGUGGUUGUUGUAGUUGUAGUUAGUCUUGUUGUUGGCAACUCACCGAACAAUUAAUAAGUCAAAUCGAAACUAAACGACUAAAUGCAUUUGCCAAAAUGCCAAUGAGGCAUUGACAUUGAGCGCCUUGCUUGCCCCACAACCUACCGAUCCUCCAAUCCAACACCAUAUCGACGAUCUUCAAUCUUCACAGGGCUAUCGAGCAGGUUUCUUUAUAGCAAACGCCAGCAGCGUCGCGAGUCGCGUCGAGCAAGUCGAACCCAACGCAAUUCACAUUGGGAUUGAUACACCAGUGAAAAGUUAGAUAACAGAUUCAAGAUACUCGCAGUUAUCAUAUAAAUAUAUCUAUAAAUAUAUAUACACAUAUAAAUAUCGCGUAUAUUGGCAGCCGCGAUGUCAAACGAACUAAGCGAACUGAUCGCCCUCAGCUGCGCGGAUCUCACUGCCCGACCGGAGGGCAGUGGCCAGAUCCAGUUAAUUAUCGAUUCAGAGCGUCGCCUGAGCAUUAAGCAAAUGACCGCCACGGAGCUAGCCAAUCUUCGGGCCGCAGCUGCCGCCGAGGCCGAGGCAGAGGCUCGUGCCCAAGCCGAGGCCAAGGCGCGUGCACUGGCCGAGGAGCAGGCGCGUCGGGCCGCUGAGGUAGAGGCGCAGGCGCGAGCACGAGCCGCUCUUGAAGCUGAGCAGCAGCUGCAUCGUGUGAUGGAGCGACAGCGGCUGGAAGCGGAACAACAGAGACAACAGGACGCCACACCAAGUCCAUCGCACAAGGGUGUUCUGCCGGCUGCUGAGGCGCCACGUGAUCGUCUCAUUUCACUGCCCAACAUUUUGGAUGAUGCAAUGGAAAUGCAUUUGAUGAACGCAGGCGAGGGCAAUGCCAUCUCUGGCGAUUCCUCGCCCACCAAGAGCACCUCGCACCUGGCCGACUCCAUUGAGUUGCUGCGCAUGCAGCGGGCAGCUCGAGCCGCACGCUCCCAUCAUCGCAGCCGCGAGCGCAGCACGUCGCCAGCAGAGCGAAACCACGAGAGAAGCGCUGCACCCGAACGCCUGCACAGCUCGAGCAUCAGCAGCAUGGACUCUGCCCCCGCCAGCGGCAGCGUUAGUGUCAGUCGCCGCGGCAGCAACGCCAGCGCCAUGAGCACUGAUCUAGCAGCGGAGCUGGCAGCGCCGUCCAAGUUUCCGCUGUCGAAGACGGUAUCGGCGCCCAAUAUGAAUCGUCGCCGCAGCAGCUUAUCGGCGCUCUUUCCCGGCCCAGCACCGCUGGUGGCGCCCGAACCGAUGCUACACACCAAUCCUGAGAUGCCGCCGGCAAAGGACGCACACCGUCCGGGUGGCCAGGAGGAUGGAUAUCGUGAGAUACCCAGCGGUAAAAUGGUGCAUCGCACAAAGACACCUCCGCCCGUGGGUGCCAAUUUAGGUGUGUGCCUCAAGCGGGUGACAGCCCCAAGCGGCUCGGUUACCAUCAAGCCCAAGGAUGCGCCCAUGCUGGGCGUAGUGCUGCGCAAGGUAGAAAAGAAGACGGCACCACAGAAGAGCGUGCUGGACGAUGACAAGCCCCUCUAUCACCUGUCCAUUGUGCGCAGCGAUAACAAGGAGUACAAGCCGGCGCCAAAGCCAAAGCCGAAACCUGCACCGCCGGCGGCAAAGCCAUCGCCGGGUGGCAUUCUUACCGGGCCACAAGUGGUGCGGACCGUCAAUCGUCCGGCGGUUGCCGCCAAACCGCAGCGCCCACAACCUGGAGUGCCCAUAACCAUAACGAGAAUCGAGGGCGAUAAGAUUAUUAUAAUCAAAAAGAUAAUUGUGCCGAAGAACAGUAAGAUACCGGAACAGUAUCUGCAGGUUGUUGCUUAAAUGAGUCAAGAUGCUGGCAAAACCGCCGCCGUCAAAUCAGCCCAGCCGGAGGCACAGACUGCGCUUGUUGCCGCCACUGCCGCAUGCCCCAGCGUCGCAAUGAGACCAACUGGGGACGCAUUUGUGUCGUCGUCUUCGUCGCCGUGCAUAAUGCAAAAACCAACUCCGCCGCCCGCGAGCGGCCAGCAGUUCUUUCAGGUCGUUUCGCCGCAGUUCGCGUCGGUGCUGUCGUCCAGCUUGCCGGAAACCAAAUGUGCGGUUCGCUCGCCCAUCUCUUCGCCGCUGGCGCCGCGCAAGAAUCGACCGCUGCUGCCAGCCAGUCCGAAGUCAACGCCGCCUCUGCCGCGCAAACACCAUCCAAUGGCAUACAAUGCGUCCACUGGGACCAUCACAACACCUGCGCGCCCUAUGGCCACCAUAGCCAGCAGUCCCGCCUCAAGUAUAUCGCUGUCAUCCUGCAGUUCGCCAUCAUCGUCGCCGCCACCGCCGGUGCCCUGCCGUGCGCCCAAACAAAAGCCGUGUGCAGGCGGCAAAAAUGCUGGGGAAAUCGAUUUGGACAAGCUGCUGCAACAACAGCAACAGCUGGAGGAGAAGUCGGCCGCGGCCACCAGCAGCGCUAAGCUAGAUGCCAAUUUCUAUGACGCUGAGAUCGAGAUGAUGAACAAAUAUUUGAAGAGUCUGCCCGACUACAGCGAACUGGAUCGCAAGCUGCAUCAGGAGUUCCAGGAGUGUGAAGAUCUGUACGAUCGCCUUAAGCGCCAGCAGCAACAGCAACCACUUACCAAAUCCAACUCGCAUCAAUCUGUGGCGCCUAAAACGUCGCAGGCGGCAACGCCAAGCGUUGCCAGCGGCCUCUCCAAAUCCUCCUCCAUUAAUUUCGCCAACAACUUGACCUCCAAUCGGACGCCGCGUCUUGCCUAUCCUUCGAUUUUCGCCCAGGCGAACCCGAACGAGCAGCCCAAGCUGCAGCGCAGCAUAUCCAGCUCGAACAUGCCCAUGGGCACGCCCAGCUGUGGCCCAUUACGCUCACAAGGAGCGCAAAAGAAUGGCCUGCUUACCGACUCGAAUCUGUCGCUUAACAAACAGUUGAUGAACGAUUUCUGGAGCGAGAACCUCUGCAGCUCACAGAAGCGUCAGACGCCGAAGCGCACGUUUUGGAACUAUGAGAAAAUCUGUGGUGCGCAGCUAGGCGAUGCUGGGCAGCCCUUCAAGGUGGAUGCCAAGACGGCCAAGAAGCUGGCCAUAUUUGAUCCCACGGUCGCCGAGGCGGCCCAGAAGGAGCUGCAAAAGCAGCAGCCGUCUACGGCACAGCAGCCACAUAACCAUCGCCUACAGAAGAACGCCUCGUUGUCGCACUUGGAUCUCAAGGUCAGACAGGCCGUCACCAAAGACGAUCUCUACAAGCUCAUCGUAUGCAACGAACAAUCGCCCACGUUGGCAACGGCAACUGCGACGACGACGACGACGCCUUUCACCAGCCGCGUGCCCGUCAAGCAACAGCUGCCGACGCAGCCGCUGGCAGCUGCUCAACAGCUAAACAAGAGCGUCUCCAUGACGCAUGUUUCCGGCAGUCCGGCGGCGCCUCUGCUACGCAGUUCCAGUCGCACGCACAUACCCUGCUACAUGAAGCAUCUGCCCUCGCUCAGUCGCAGCACAUCCAACUCGGCAAUAUUGCUGCCCACAACAACGACUGGCACGACGCAGCCACGCAAGGAGCCGCCUGCAGUCAAGCAACAGCCAAAUCCAACGAGUAAACCGAAUGCUGGCGUGCUCAAAAGUUCCAGCAGCUCCUGUGUGCCAUCGCCGCGGUGUGCGGCUGCGCUCUUCCGCCGACCCACAGAGCCGGCCAAACAGGCGUCGACAGCUGUUGGGGCAGCUGCACCAGCGCUGGCCACGUCCAUUGCUGAGGCCUCUAACGAAACAAGCGCCUCGCUGGAGCGCAAGUCGGAGAAGAGCAACAGCACCAUCAGCAGCAGCAGCUUCACCGUGACCAACUGCUGCACCACCCAUCUGCCGCAGCUCUCAAAGUUUACCUCAUCCUUUCACAUACCCUCAACGGUUGCAGCAGCCGCACAACAGCAACAGCAGCAGCAGCACGGCGCCAACUUGGAUCAGCCAGCAGCAACUACAGCGACAAUAGCUACGGCAACAACAGCAGCAGCAGCAGCAGCAACAGUAGCAGCAACAACAACAACAACAGGAGGAGGAACAAGCUCAUCGGCAGCCACAAAGCGUCAAAAAGACGUCGACAACAAGCUAGAAAAAUGUUUAAAUGACAUGCUAAAGCUAAAGAGCAAUAACAACAAUGCAACUAUGUCACAAUCGCUGACAGCUGAACACAAAGAAGAUGCUGCCGUCGUGAUCAAGAGCAGCAGCAGCAGCGGCAGCGGCGCCGGCAAAUUUGCCAGCGAAUCGCAGAUACCCGUGCCAGUGCAGCUGUACGAUCCGCAGAAGCCGCUAAUGCAGCAGCAACAGCAACAAAGGAUGGCCUAUCCCAUAGGCAAAUCCAACUCGACCUCUCAGUUGCCCAUGGGCUAUCAACGUCUACUGCAGCAGCAACAACAACAACAGCAGCAGCAGCAACAACAACAACAACAGCACCAGCAGCCACAGAAUUAUCCGCAGCAAAAGCGUCCGUUUUUAAAUUGGAACUCAUUCGCCUGUUCGGUGAUGAAUGGCAGCAGCGAUCCCUUCCAGCAACACCAGCAGCAGCAACAGCAGCAAUAUCAACCUCACAAGCUGGAGCAAUCCUAUUCCUCCUCGCACCUGGCCAAGCAGGCAUCAAAGCCCAGCUCCGGCUUGGCCAUGUUCAUGCACAAGAACACCAACAAGGAGAACAAAUUUGGACAGCCACUGCAUCAGCAGCAGCAGCAGCAACAGCCGCAACCAGCUGGCAUGGCUCCACAGAUGUACGGCAGCAGCUACCAGGCGCUGAUCAAUGCAAAGCCCGUUUAUCCACGCGCCGGCGCCGCGCCGCUGACCCAUUCGGCAUCCUUUAGCGCUGCACAGCGACCCAGCAUGAUGCAGCCGCAUAAUUUUGGACUCGGCAUGAUGAGUCGCAACUACUAUAAUCUGCCCAAGCAACAGCAGCAGCCGCACGAGCGUAAGCCGCUGCAGACCUUCGAUCCGUAUGCGUAUCUGAAGCCCAGUCAGAGCCAGGUGAUGCAGCCGGUCAAGUACCAGGGGCAGCCUCAGCCUCAACCACAUCCGCAUAAGCAGUUUAUCAAUGCUUCCGCUUCGAUGUCUGGCGGUGGCGGUGGCGGUGGCGGUGCGACGCUUCAAUACGAUCCGAAUACAAAUACGCAAUUGUUUUAUGGCCCGCUGCCGCCUGCAUCAGCGGGCAUGCAACCGCAGGCAGCGCAGCAACCGCAGCAACACCAUCAUCAGCAACAGCAACAACAGCAGCAACAGCAACAACAACAACAGUCACUACAAAGCAAUUCUGUCAUAUUCAGCCACUCAAAACAACAACAACAACAGCAGCAGCAGCAGCAAAUUGAAAUGUCCAAGUCCGCUCUGGGGCUGCAUUUCAUCGAGACAGCAAAGCCCGUCAUUCAAGAUGAUGCUGAUGGUCACUUAAUUUACCACAACGGAGACAUUCUCCAUCACAGAUAUAAGAUCAUGGCCACACUGGGCGAAGGCACUUUCGGACGUGUGGUCAAGGUCAAAGACAUGGAGCGUGAUUUUUGCAUGGCCCUGAAGAUCAUCAAGAAUGUUGAGAAAUAUCGUGAGGCUGCCAAGCUGGAGAUCAAUGCCUUGGAGAAGAUAGCACAGAAAGAUCCGCAUGGUGAUCACCUGUGCGUCAAAAUGAUUGACUGGUUUGAUUACCAUGGACAUAUGUGCAUAGUUUUUGAAAUGCUGGGACUGAGUGUUUUCGAUUUUUUGCGCGAGAACAACUAUGAGCCGUAUUCUCUGGACCAAGUUCGCCACAUGGCCUAUCAAUUAUGCUACUCUGUCAAGUUUCUGCAUGACAAUCGUUUAACCCACACAGAUCUCAAGCCGGAGAAUAUACUGUUUGUUGAUUCGGAUUACACGUCUCACUAUAAUCAUAAAAUUAAUCGCGAAGUGCGCCGCGUCAAGAGCACAGACGUGCGCCUAAUUGACUUUGGUUCGGCCACUUUUGAUCAUGAACACCAUAGCACAAUUGUCUCGACGCGCCAUUAUCGCGCGCCGGAGGUCAUACUGGAGCUUGGCUGGUCACAGCCCUGUGAUGUCUGGUCCAUCGGUUGCAUUCUCUUCGAGCUGUAUUUGGGCAUCACGCUAUUCCAGACGCAUGACAAUCGCGAGCAUCUGGCCAUGAUGGAGCGCAUCUUGGGACAAAUUCCAUAUCGCAUGGCACGCAAUCACACUCUUUAUAGCAAAACCAAAACAAAGUACUUCUAUCAUGGUAAGUUAGAUUGGGAUGAGAAGUCCAGUGCAGGACGUUAUGUGCGCGAUCAUUGCAAGCCCUUGUUCCUCUGUCAACUGAGCGACACCGAGGAUCACUGCGAGCUAUUCAGUUUGAUUAAAAAGAUGCUGGAGUACGAGCCCUCGUCGCGCAUCACGUUAGGUGAGGCCCUGCGACAUCCGUUCUUUGACAGGUUGCCACCGCAUCAGCGGGUUGGUGAAACGGGCAUCAGCAAGCAGCCCCUUUCGUCCGGCAGCAGCAGCCGUGAGCGCUCGCACAGUCUGUCCAGAUGAGAAUUACAGCGAUUUGGUUAUUGUUGACAGCAGCAACAACGUUAAUCAAGCACACAACUACAAAUAUGCGUACACACACACACACAUACAAUGAGAACAGUCAUCAAUCAAUGUAAUCCAACAUUAUUGAGCAGCAGAGCGCAGCGGAGAGCAGCAAACAAUAACAACUACAACUACAACUACAGUAAUAUUAAUAUAUUAAUGGCGAACCUUAAUUUAAGUUCUAAAGUCUUAUUUAGAAAUUUUGUAACUUGACUUGUAUGGAAGACAAUUUCUACACAAAUAACCCAAUCGUUAAGUAAAUAUUGAUUGUGUGCCUGCUGCACGCGCUGCUCCAUUAGAUCCUGUGCAUUGUCUCAUCCAUCAGCCAAUCGUGUUUUGUUUUGUAAUGAUAACCAAAUCGUGCAUAAUAUUGAUAAUGCGUCCUCCUCUCCCGAUACAGACGCCGCCAACCUAAAUGUAAAUGCCACAGAAAUGUGCACAGUCUUACCUUGAGAUAAAUAAUAGAUCUUCAAACACGACUGCAAUGUUUAAAGAAAAUCUAUAAAAAAGAAAAAAAAAAAAGCUACAAUUGUAAAUGUAAUACAUGUAUAAGAAAAUCGAUAAAGCGCUAGUUGAAAUGCAGCUCCAUGUGCAAGCUGUCAUUUGCCAUGGACUUGCUUAUAAUCUGUAAUUAAUUUACUAUUUUUCGAGUGCGUGAGAUGUAAGCUAAUGCAAGAGCCAUUAUACACACACACCCAUAGCUAAACCCUUAAAUCGAUAUCAUAUGUAAAGAUCAAUUAUUAUGACGCCUCCGGAGGGUCCACGACAAAGAACAAAAAGCAAACGCAGCGUUUGUUUUUAUAUAAAUUAUGUAGCAGCCAGAAUCAUUUUCUCUUAGGAUAUGUUUAAUGUCUAGAAUCGGCGCUGUUUGUUUAGUUUAUUUACGUCAACAUACACCCAAACACACCCACACCAACACAUAUACACAUAUAUUUAUAUGAAAAGAACACUGGCAAGUGGGGAAUGCGAGAAGUAUAUAGAUACAUAUACUUAAAAUACUUAAUUCAAAUGAUUGUGAGUUAGUUUAAUAUUACAUAAAUAUUAAUUAUUACAUUAUUUGCAAUUAAUUAACCCGGUCUACCAGCAUAUAAGAUCUACAAAAAAAAAAAAUAUACAAAAAUACAACUAUUAUUGUCAAGUUAUUUAAAACUGAAAUAAAUUUUAAAAAUA